CCUCCUUCUCUUCCUCCAGCUGCCCAUACUGUGCCCUCCCCCAGCUCCGUGCUGGGCCAGGAUCUUCCAAAGGGCAGCCACAUCGCUCUCACUGCCUUCUCCAGCCCUGCAGGACAGGGCGCUGCAAAUUCAUUUAGCACAGAAGAGGCGAAACCUCAUACCUUCUGGCUGGGUGACUAGGAAUCGCUGUCGGUGAUUUGCCCACUCAAUUCCAUUUGCCAACUAAAGUUCUAUGGCUCAUGCACCAGAGCAGCAAUGGCAAUUUGGUGGACGGCUGUGCUGGCCCAGCAUGCGGCUCAUACUCCCUACUCACAGGCAGCUUUUCCAUGGAUGACAAUAGGCGGAUUCAAAUGCUGGCCGACACUGUGGCCACUUUGCCUCGGGGACGAAAGCAGCUUGCAUUGACGAGAUCAAGUUCUUUAGGUGAUUUUGCCUGGUCUCAAAGAAAGCUUGUUACUGUGGAGAAGCAGGAUAAUGGAACAUUUGGAUUUGAAAUUCAGACUUACAGGCUCCAGAACCAGAACACCUACACCUCAGAGCUGUGCACUCUGAUCUGCAAAAUCCAGGAGGACAGCCCAGCACACUGUGCUGGCCUGCAAGCCGGUGAUAUCCUUGCAAAUAUCAAUGGUGUGGGCACAGAAGGCUUUACCCACAAGCAAGUUGUUGACCUGAUCAGAUCGUCAGGAAACCUGCUAACGAUAGAGACUCUUAAUGGAACAGCAAUUCUCAAGAGAGCCGAGCUUGAAGCAAAGCUGCAAGUUUUAAAGCAAACCUUGAAGAAGAAAUGGGUGGAGUUCAGAACUCUGCAGUUACAGGAACAGCGCCUGCUUCAUGGUGAUGCAGCUAACUGCCCAAGUUUGGAAAACAUGGACAUAGAUGAAUCAAUUUUGUUUGGAACCCUGCCCGGGUCAGGUUCAGCUCUCCCGGACCGGAAUCGAUUAUCCAGUGAGAGCAGCUGUAAGAGCUGGCUGAGCUCCAUGACAAUGGACAGCGAGGACGGCUACCAGACAUGUGUGUCUGAGGACUCGAGCAAGGGAGCCUUCAGCAGGCAGACAAGCACCGAUGAUGAGUGCUUUGUCCUCAAGGAUGGGGACGAUUUUCUGAAGAAGUCAUCUUCCAGGAACCGGAGCAUCAGUACUGCCAGCAGUGGGUCCAUGUCUCCCAUGUGGGACAGCAACUUCUCAAGCAUGUUUGGGACUCUGCCCCGAAAAAGCAGAAGGGGGAGCGUCCGGAAACAACUCUUGAAAUUCAUCCCUGGCCUUCACCGCCCUGUGGAAGAGGAAGAGAGUCGCUUCUGAGGGGUUGCGAUGCCCCUUCCUAUGAGCUUAUUUCAUAAAUACCUUCUGGACUUGUUUAGAUCAACUCCACCCAGCUUAGUGGGAAAGUGCAAAUGAAUUGCAAAACUGACAUCCCAUUUUAGGCAAUAGUGACCUUUAUUUAAAGUUUUUCUAUCGUGUUUUGUUUUUUUUCUGCAUCUUAAUGUUUUAACUAGAACAGCUGAAGUUCUAAGCAGACAGCAAGGAAAUAAAGUUGUAAGUUAGAUAAUAUAACAAAUGAACACAAAUGCUUGCUCAUGCUAAUGCUGCCUGUGAAGGCAAGAAUAAUAUUUAUUUUGUAGAUUAUCCAUGUGAAAAAUUGAGAACCUUGGAGUCCAGUGUAAAUAAGAAAGUGACAAUAUAAUUAUUUGGGAUACCUUCUGUAGGUAAAUAAGUAGGUAUCAAAACUUUAUGUUAACUUAAGCUCAGUAACCUCUGGGGAGGCUUAGAAAUAGGCAAUUUUGAAUGUUUCUAUUGAAAUCUCUGAAGGAUUAUAAACAAAGAUGACCAUCAGCCAUUUUUCACAUCUACAGUGACAGUCAAGUGGGAAAUGUAAGAUUUAAUAUGAGGGUUUAAGCUUCAUGAGAUCCAUGGAAAGAUAUUGUCUAAGGUGGGUACUGAAGAAGAUUAUAAUAAGUUUGGUUGUUUUUUGUUUUUUUAUAGGCAGCCUAAACAAAAUUGGUGGAAAUGUUAUUCUUACUUGAUUCAUUUUUUAUUCUAUCUAAAUAUUGAACUGGCAAGAUUUUAUAGCUUUGUAAUUUUUUUAAACAAAUCUAAAAUGUGAAAAACUAGAUUCAGGAAGAGGAUUUUCCUCCUGUAGAUUUUUUCCAUAUCACUCCUUACAUUAUGUUAUAUAUUUUAAAUAGUUAUUGCCUUGGCACUCUUGAGCCUAUUAGUUAUGUUAGUAUCAUAUUAUGUCUAGCCACUCAAUAGCAUUUUUUUUCCAAUGCCGAUUAAAGUCCAUAAUUUUUCUGUUCUGGUGAUACAGCUGCUCACUGCCUCUAUUCUAGAGUAAAUAACCCUGACAAUAUAAUAACUAGCCCUUACUGAUUUGAGUGUGUGUGUGUGUGUGUGUGUGUGUGUGUGUGUGUGUGUGUGUGUUUGGGAGAAAUAGAGUCAUUUGAUAGUUGACUUUAAAUAGAAAAUCUACACUCAAAUAAACUGAGGGAAGAAUGAAUCAUUUGAGAAAAAAAUAGAGAAGAGGGUUAGAAAGCCUGUAGGUUAAGAACAAAACAAUAAAAUAAAAGUGAUCUCUAAUUGAGACCUGCUCUCUAUUAAUUCUUUGAACUCAGAAGCAUCCAGUGGGCUCUACUUGAGAAUCAUUCAUACAAAAAGCAGAGUGCAGCAUGUUUCGCAGAGACAAUAGUAAUCCUGCCUACAAUUACAGACUGCCUAGUAGGUUAAAAAUGGUUUCUGUGCGGUCCCUGACAUAACCCUGGAGAUAGGUGUUAAGCAUGCCCUCAGAAGCAAAAAUUUGCAGACGUCCCCAUAGGCAGUGGCAGGGCUGAAGUUGGAAGCCAGUUCUUCCUGUCUCUCUCCUAUCAUUAUAGUCUCCCUAGAUGUCGUUUACCCUUUUUGCUGGUUCUCUGUAGUUAUUUUAUCACCACAAGCCACAGGAGGUACACUCUCCCUCCAAGAAUACAUAAAACAUGCAAUUGUAGCUACUGCAUGGAAAAAGAGACUGGUU